UUUGUUUUUGAGCUGCAUCUCAACUGUACUGUUCGUGCCUUUGUGAACGGAACAUUUGAACCGGUUCAGAGCUGAUUUACACACGUCUAAGCUCUCUCAGCAGAAGUGGGAAAAGUUUAAGAUUAGUUUAUUUUUGUUAUUCUUAUUUGACUAAAUUUUUAUCUGAAAUUGUAAAUAGUGUUUGAAGUUUAUGACUGCGAAGAAAGAAGAAACAGAUCGGUAUUAAUGUAAUAUGGGCGACGACACCCCGGAAGAACGACAAAAUAAUGAACUUGUUGUCUUAAAGUCAAUAUAUGGGGAGUCAGUGGUGGAGGUCGGGGAUGAAGAAGAGAGUUGGAAUGGUGAGGAGCAGGUAUCAGCGGACUGGCGGCCACUGCACGUGGCGCUGGCGCUGCUGCCUCUGCACGACUCGGCCGGCGCGCACUGCUCCCUAACGCUGACCUUCAAGUGCUGUCGUCGGUAUCCUGAUAAGCCUCCAAAAAUUUCAGUACGAAGUGUGCGAGGGCUGUCGUUAGAGAACAUGAACAUACUGCUACAGGAGCUGGACCAGAUGGCAGCAGAGAUGUGCGGGGAGGUCAUGAUAUAUCAGCUGGCCAGCCACACGCAACAAUUCCUGCAUGAACACAACAAGCCCAUGCUGUCAUUCUACGAGCAGAUGGUGAAGGAGAAGACACAGCUGGAGGAGAUGCGGCAGCGUGACCUACAGAUCAAGGAGCACGAGGAGGCGCGGCAGAUGCGCGCGGCGCUGCUCCGACGUCAGGAGACGCUGGACGCCGACGUCGCCGACAGCUCCGAGCGGGACGCCGAGGACGCGGGCGGCGAGGAGGGGGCGCGGACCGACUUCCGUCUAUUGUGGUUUGACACUCAUGAUUUUUUGUCAUUUUUUACUAUUGUAUAUGAUCGAAUGGUGUCCCUGUGUUUAACCGACACGUCGAUGUUAGCGCAGCUACGAGGAGCGAGCGGGCGCGGAGUGGGGCGGCGCGGGGGAGGCGGAGUGCGCGGGGGGCGAGUGCGCCUGCGCCCCCCGCACCCUGCGCCCCGUCACUCGCGGCUGGGCAGCGCGCACCUGGCGCUGGAGGAGAGCGGCGCGCCGGCGCUGGUGCGGCGCUGGCAGCUGCCCGCCGCCGCGGACGUGCGCCGCCGCGAGCGCCGGCUGGCGGCGCUGCAGCGCGAGGCGGCGGCGGUGCGGGCGCUGCGCUGCGCCGCGCUGGAGCCCUACCGCGCGGUGCAGGUGCAGAGCGGGGCGCGCACGCAGCUGUACGCGGCGCGGCGGCUGCUGGCGGGGGGCUCGCUGCGCCGGUUCGCCGCCGCCUCGCGCCUGUACCUGGGCGCGGCGGACUCGCUGCGCCUGGUGCGGCGAGUGGGGCGCGCGCUGCUGGCGGCGCUGGCGGCGCUGCACGAGGCGGGCGUGCUGCACGGGGACGUGCGCGCGCGCAACCUCUACCUGGACCCCGACGGGGAGGUGAGGCUGGUGGGGGCCGCCGUGGACGCGCGCCUGCUCGAGCUGAUGCGCGGAGAUGAUUCUUGUGAUAGACACAGCUGCGCGCUGGACGUGCAGUGCGCCGGCGGCGUGCUGCUGGCGCUGGUGGGCGCGGCGGGUGUGGGCGCGCUGCCGGCGCGGCUGCCGCUCGACGCGCGCGACUUCUUCGCCAGCCUGAGCUGUAAUGUGACCGUCUCUCGCCGGCGGCAGGUGUGCGGCGCACGACGAGCGCUCGCUGUGGCCGGCGGCGCGGCUGGCGGCGCACCCCUUCCUGCAGCCGGGCCCGCCUCGCACUCUGCCCCCGUCGCACGUGCAGGUACCGCCACUCCCUUGUCUGCUCUCCACCCUCUGUGUCCCAACUUUUCGACAUUCAAUAUGCGCUUGCAGGAUCCGGCGGCGGAGACGGAGACGGAGGUGGAGGAGCGGGGGGCGAAGGAGGAGCGGGAGGAGGAGUCGGAGGCGGGAGGCGAGCUGCGCGCGCUGGGCGUUCUCGCGAGCGGCGCGUCGCGGCUCUCCCUCGACUUCGAGGUGCUCUCGUGGAUCGGUAAAGGCGGCUUCGGCGACGUGGUCAAGGUGAGGAACAAACUGGACUGCGGCGUGUACGCGAUAAAACGCAUCCAACUGAACCCGCGCGACGUCGCGCUCAACCGCAAGAUCAUGCGCGAGGUGAAGCUGCUCUCGCGUCUCAGCCACGAGCACGUCGUGCGCUACUACAACGCCUGGGUGGAGUCCAGCGUCAGCCCGCGCGCCGGCCGGCCGCCACCUCCGCCGCGUCUCGAGUGGUCACUCUCCGGCGCCCCGCCCGCCGCCGCCGCCGACACCGACACCGACACCGACACCGACACCGACACUGACACCGACGAAGAUACCGACGAGCAAGAUGACGGCGCCGGCCCCUGGUCUCUGAGUCCUGAGGAAGACACGAGCGGUAUAGUUUUCCAGGACGACGAAGACAAGUGCCAAGGAGACGGGGACGGGUCGGGGGGCGCGGCGGGGGGCUCGGGGGGCGCGCAGCACGUGCUGUACAUACAGAUGGAGUUCUGCGAGAAGCACACGUUGCGGCAGGCCAUCGACGGCGGACUGCACGAGGAGCCGGUGCGCGCCUGGCGGCUGUUCCGCGAGGUGCUGGAGGGGCUGGCGCACGUGCACGCGCGCGGCAUGAUCCACCGCGACCUCAAGCCCGCCAACAUCUUCCUCGACUCCGACGACCACGUCAAGAUCGGAGACUUCGGUCUGGCCACCAACAUUCUGUCGCGUCUCUCCGCCGAAGAUAAAACUAAAUCGCAAGAAGAAGGCGACAGCGCGCUCACGGGCGAGGUGGGCACGGCCAUGUACGUGGCGCCGGAGCUGGCGGCGGGCGCGGGGGGCGCGGGGGGCUACAACCAGAAGGCGGACGUGUACUCGCUGGGCGUGACGCUGUUCGAGAUGUUCCACGCGCCGUUCGUCACGGGGGCGGAGCGCGCGGCGGUGCUGGCGGGUCUGCGCCGCCCCGAGGUGCUGCUGCCCGCUGACUUCGACACCGCCGCCAACGCCAAGCAGGUCUACUUGCUCAGGUGGAUGUUGCGACCCGAGCCCGACGAGCGGCCGACGUGCGCGCAGCUCGCGGCCUCGCAGCACGUGCCGCGCGCAGUGCCGCGGGGCGCCCUCGCCGCGCUGCUCGAGCACGCGCUGGCCGAGCGCGACUCGCCGGCGCACGCGCAGCUCGUGCGCGCCUGUCUCGCGCAGCGCGCCCAGCCGGCUGAUGAAUUGUUGUUCCACGAGCCGGCGCGCGCGCGCCGCGCCCCGCCCCGCGCCCCGCCCCGCGCCGCGCACCCCGCACACCCCGCACACCCCGCACACCCCGCACACCCCGCGCUCCUCCAGCACCUCGCCGACGCGGUCGUCAACGUGUUCCGCAGUCACGGCGCGCACGAGCUGACGCCGCCCCUCCUCACGCUGCGCGGCGACGCCUGGGACUCCCGCGCCGACGCCGUGCGCCUCAUGACCGCGGCGGGCGCCGUCUGCCUGCUGCCCUACGACCUGCGCCUGCCCUUCGCCAGGCUGGUGGCCGGUGGCGGCGUGCAGCGGCUGCGACGCUACACGAUCGGCCGAGUGUACCGCGAGCGCUCGGCGCGCGGUUACCACCCGCGAGAGGCGCUCGAGUGCGCCUUCGACAUCGUGGGACCGCGGACCGAGAGCCUGUGGGCGGACGCGGAGGCGGUGGCGUGCGCGGCGAGGUGCGCGCAGGCGCUGGGGCUGCGCGUGGCGCGGCUAAGGCUCGGGCACGCGGAGUUGCUGCGCGCGCUGCUGCGCUGCGCGGGGCUGCCGGCGGAGCGCGCGGCGCCGCUGGUGGGCGCGCUGCGGGACUUCGCGCUGGGCCGGCUGGUGCGCCAGCAGCUGCAGACGCACCUGGCGACGCUGGCGCUGGGGGGCCGGCGCGCCGCCAUGCUCAUGCGGCUGGCCGACGCGGAGCUCCCCGUGUCCGACCUGCCCGACCUCAUUGUGCAGGUGCAGCGCGAGCAGUGGACCGCCGUGCUGCAGCGCGCCGCCCGGGACCUUGCCUUCGUGGAGAGCGGCGCGCGCGCGCUCGGCUGCGAGAUCCCGAUAACGGUGGUGCCGCUGCUGGCGUACGGCGCGGAGCAGCACAGCGGCGUCUUCUGGCAGCUGGUGGCGGGCGAGCCGUCGCAGCGUCUGCGCGAGCGCCACGUGGUGGCCGCCGGGGGCAGAUACGACGAGUUGGUGCAGCGACUGGGGCGAGCUGCGCGCGCUGCGGGCCGGAGCCGCGCCGCUGCGGCCGCGGUCGGCUUCUCCUUGUCCCUGGAGCGCGCCGCCGUACUGCGCCGCGACACCGCACAGGUCAAUGUUCUCUAUGUGCGGCGACGACACCCGCCCUCAUCUGUGUCGGUGGGGGGCGAGGCGGGGGGCGGGGCGCCGGUGCUGGUGUCAGCGGAGGGCGGCGCGGCGCUGGCGCGCGAGCUGUGGGCGCGCGGGCUGAGCUGUACGCUGUGGGAGGGGGAGGAGCAGGAGACGCGCGCGCUGCCCUCCGGCCUGCUGCUGCGUCAGCUCGCCGACACCGUGCGAGUCGACUUCUGGGAAGGCAGCAAAGCGCGGGAGAUGGUGCUCGCGCCGGGGGACGCGGUGGAGCUGGUGCGCCGCCACCUCGCGCCCGAAGGUGCAGCGCGCGAGGCGGCGGGCGCGGCGGGCGCGGGGGGUGCGGCGGGAGGUACGGGGGGCGGCGAGAGCGAGCGCGGCGGAGCACCCGGCGUGCUCGUCGCCUUCGUCACCGGAGAUGAGAAGCUCAAUAGAAGCUACAGGAGACAAAUCGAGAACCAGGCGGUGGCGAGUGUGACGGCGCGCGUGUCGCUGGCGAGCUCUGCGCGGCGCGUGGCGGUGCUGGCGCUGGCGGCGGACGAGGCGCGCGUGGCGGCGCUG